AUGAUGGUGAAUGUGUGUAUUGGUCUAGCAAGAUACCUACGGAUACCCGAUGGUGUGGUUGAUAUGGUUCAGGAGGAUGCUAUCAGGCUCCAACGUAUGAAGGCUGAGAAGGGUGCUGGAAAGGGCAAGGGUAAAGGCAAAGGGAAGGGUGGUGGUAUACCAGCAGGGAAAGACGCUCAUCUCCCUGGUGUCCAGGUCGUGGUGAGGCUGCUGGCCCUCGUAUGCGUCGGUAAUCAGUGUUGA